CUCUCAGCUCAGUGACUGACUGACAAUCUUGGACCAAUAUUGUCAUCUCCUUCAUCUAGACUCUAGAGCUAUGGCAACCACAGCAACAGUGUCGUUUUCGCUGACCAAGAUUGCUGGCUUCCCUCCUUCUUCUCCAACUCGCAGCUGUUCUAAGAUUCUGGCUGUGAAGGAAGGCCGAGGGAUAAGUGGUGGAAUGGCUGUGAAGGCCAGGUUUGGGUCUUCCGGAGGUGGAGCUGGAGUCUUGGAGCGCCCCAAGUUUGAUCAAACCCAGUUUGACCCUUCUACCCAACUUCAAGAAGGAGGAGAUAUUGGACGACUGAAGGACAAGAGAGGUAUUGGAAGUGGAGAUAGUUACAGAGUUUUGCUGAUUGAUGAUGUUCGCCAUACUGAGAAAUUAGUUGCAAAGGUAUUGCCCCAAGUUGUUCCAUCUAUUACCCCUGAUGGGGCAAGAGAUGUAUUUCAUAAGUCGAGAGAAAAUGGCGUCGCUGUUGUUAUUGUUACAGUAAAGGAACAUGCUGAAUUUUACUCCCAAAUGAUGGUACGCAGCGGAUUACGAUCAUCAAUUGAACCGGAUUCAAAUAGCUUAUGAAGCAGUCACCAUAAACUCAGUUAUGUUUAAAUGUGGCUCAAUUUUGAAGUAAUAGUGGAAACAAAAUUUUGAAGAAGAGCGAAAUGUCAGGUGACUUGGCAUGUAAUAUUGUAUUUAACUAUUUAUGAACUAUAUUUUCAGCAAGAAUGAACAGAA